GAGUGGAAAAUUUAGACCUAACAGUGAAGAGUCAGUUAAUAGUGUAGUAAAAAUGAGAACUCAAAGACACUCUAAUAUUAUUAUAAACACAACUUUACAGAGGUCCCGAUCCAGGCCUCACUUUUUUCAUCUUGAUUCCAAACAGCCACAUUUUCUAGUAAUCUUUAAAAAUGAUCUUGAUCAAUAGUUUUCUGGGCUUCUGAAGGUCUUGUUCUUUGGACUUCUGCUGCUUUUGUUUCACCCAUUUUCAGUCUAUUGAUGGUACCUGACCAUUUUCACAGAAUGAGCAAAAGAAAGACGCCAAACUGAAAGGAUGAAUCAGUGUUAUGUUGAGACACUUGAAAGACAACCUGGUGAAUAAUCUAUAUCUAUAUCUAUAUAUAUAUAUAUAUAUAUACAUAUCUACAGCAGAGGAACAGGAUCAGAAAGAGAUUGCUUAAGAAAUAAGAAUACAUAUUAAAAAACCGGAGAGAUGCAUCUAGACCAUAGCUUCUCCUAGGUCCCAUGAGGAACGCUGUCUUGCAGGUUUUCAUGGCAUCCUACUCCAACACACCUGAACUUAAAUGGAUCCAUCAGCCUAUGAAAUUCUGCAGGAUGACUCAUUAGUUUAAGUCAGGUUUGAGCAGGUAUUCCAUGAAAACACGCAGGACUGGGGACUUCGUUGGACCAAACUAAAUAGCCCAGAUCCAGUCCCUCAUUUAAGUUUGCACGUUUCAAUAAAUGUCUUCACCUACUCGUUUUUAUUCCUGGCAAGGUGUAAAAUAAUGAAGGGAGGGUAAAGACUGUCGCACAGUGCUGUCAUAAAGCUUGGAGGUGUUGCAGGUGGCAUAUUAAUAAAUCACUGCUUAUUCAGUCUUUUUGUGACUCCCAACAUGCAAAUAGCAGGAUGACAAGCCUUUUCCUUAAUAGACUAUUUGUUUACUACCAUUUGCUUAUGGUUAGAACAUUUUCCCAGAGCUUCCUGAUUGCUGGUCAUUGCUGUAAUAAAAUUUUUUCACACAUAUUGCCACCCCCCAACCACAGUAGGGCAUCAUUUCUAAACGCACUCAACAAAAAAGCCAAAAACCUUGAUUUUGGUUUCUUUCAUUCAGCGGUGAAGAAAUUAAGUGUUUGAUCAUUUUAAAUUCUUCAUGUUGGAAUCAGGUUCAUUAAAUGGGCUAUAAACACAUUGACGAUGACCACCGCUGUGGCCAGCAGAUGAGGUCAGCUUAAAUCAUGGCCGAGCUCUCCUUUCUUCGUGGUGCCACAGACGUGGUAGGAUGCCCCGGCUCUUCCAACAACAACACUUUGCAUAAAGCAUUUCCAUAUAUUCCAUUCAUGGUGGGUGGGGGUCAUUUAGAUUUGUUGAGUCGCUUGACUCGCUCAUCCCCAAACAAUCACAACCCCAUCUUGAGCCCGACAGGAGCCCUAUCUCUUGUCUCCCACUGUAGAAGACGAGGAAAUGGCGAUAAAGGUAGCUUGUGUUGCUUUCCCAAAGAUCCACUGGAUGAUGUUGAGACUUGGAGCGAAUCUGUGGAUAAAGUCCUCGGCUGUAAAGCUGGGCAGAUAGCUUUCCAAGAGUUCCUGAAGUCGCAGUACAGCGAGGAGAACAUAUUGUUUUGGCUCGCCUGUGAGGAGUACAAAAAAGUCAAAACAGUCCCGGAGAUGAUCUCCUCCGCCAACAGGAUCUACUCUGAGUUUGUCCAAACAGAAGCACCCAGACAGAUCAACAUAGAUUGCAGCACCAGAGAAAACAUAACAAAGAACAUCUCCCAGCCAACCAUGACUUCCUUUGAUACGGCUCAGAAGCUGAUCUACAGCCUGAUGGCCAGGGAUUGCUACCCACGCUUCCUAAAAUCUGACAUCUAUCAGGGACUCCUGAGGAAAAGCGACUCAAGGUGACUGUAUUAAACCUGACAGCCUCUCAGAUGGCGGCUCAUCGGAUCCUCUGCUCAGCUCUGGUCUUCUGUAGUACUCUUUUAUUUUAAGCAUGGAUAACAGGUUUAAGCCAUUCAGUCUAGAGCUUAACCAUCACAGAUGUAGUUUUUCUUUAACCUGUGUGAACCAGUUAUGACUCAAAGAAACUUAAUAGUUUAAUUAUGUUAAGACAAACUUAAUCCUGAUUGUGAGCAUAGUUCUUCCAUAGUACCUGCUAUUUAAUGUCUUAUGAGGCUAAAAACUUAUUUAUUAAGUAUUAUCAACACUUUAAUUAUGCAAAUUUAACUGCUUCUAUGUUAAAAUGUAAUUUUCUUAUGCAAAUAAAUAGCUAUUUCUCUCUGCUUUU